GUAAAUUUAACUUUGGAGUAGUUCCACUUAAUUAAUUGCAGUCCCACAUUUCACACAGGUUCACCGUGACACAACUUACCGUCGGAAACUGUAGUUGCUCGUCUUCUCAAAACCGUAACAGACUAUCAGAGCUUGGAGAUGGAUUUGAAGACAAUGGAGUAUGCAAGAUUUGAUGUUGUAAAGGACAAUUAGGUCCAAACAUAUAAGAAAUUUGAUCCGGAAUUAAAUAAUACCUUUCAAUGGAUCUUGGCUUAGGUGGUAGCAACUCUUCUCCGUCUCGGCCCAAAUGGAGAAAAGUGGCAUACGGCGGAAUGCAACAUGGAUACGAUGACAAUCAUACCGACGACACAUUCCUUGAAGGAAUGGUCAUGAAUGCCAGUGUUGUAAAAAGGGACAUGCUAAAGGUGAUGCUCGACUCAGUUUCAAUUUCAGAAUAUUUAUGCAUUGUUGCUCUUGUUGUCUUGGUCUGGACGUAUACACUUUCAUCGUCUCUUGAUGAAAAUUCUCUCUUGUUGAUUGAUCUAAGUCUUCUUGUUUCAGGCUUUCUGAUUCUCCUUUUUACUCAACAAAUGCUUUCUAAUUCACUUAGUCUUCUCCUUCAUUAUGCCCUUAAUAUCUCGUUUUUCAUAACUGGUUUAUAUGUUUUGGCUCCUAUCUAUCAGACUCUUACAAGGUCCAUCAGUUCUGAUUCCAUUUGGGCGGUAACUGUAUCGCUUCUCGUACUUCACCUUUUCCUGCACGACUAUUCAGAAUCCACUGUCAAAGCCCCAGGGGUUCUGAAGAAUCCUGCAUUAACUAGUUGUAUAUCCGUAAAUGCUUCUGUAGUCGCCUCUGUUUUCGUUGCUUCCCGUCUUCCAUCACGACUACAUGUGUUUGCCAUCAUGUUAUUCUCGUUACAGGUUUUCCUUUUUGCUCCGCUGGUUACAUACUGUAUUAAAAAAUAUUCCUUUCGCUUGCACCUAUGCUUUUCUAUCAGUUUGAUGGUCCUGACAUUAAGUUUUGUGUUCACACUGCAUCGCAUGCUAUUCGUGUUGCUACUUAGUUUGUUGGUUUUUGUCAACUUGGUUUGUCCUUAUUGGCUUAUAAGGAUUCAGGAGUAUAAGUUUGAGAUCAAUGGACCUUGGGAUGAGGCUAAGCUUUGUUUUGAUAUUACAGACUGAAAUCAGAACAUGCUAUUCAAUGUUGUUACACUCAAUUCAACUAAUUUUGGUUUUAUUGAAGCCUGUAACAGUUAAAGGAUCUGGAGAAGAAGACAGCAAAAAUUAUUGCCAACAUCUCUUUCAAGCAAUCAACAACCUUCAUGGGGAAUGUUGGAACACAUAAGGAUUAUUGUAACAGUAAUGGUUCAAUGAAUAUGGAAUUGAAAUCAUAUCUUGUUAUUAGAAUUGUAGAAGGGCGUGUGAAACUUAUACAAUUUUA